AUGAAUGACAGCACUCAAACAUCUGAGAACAUCAUGUUUCAUCAAUUGACUGCAGAGACUCUGAAUGGUAGUUGCAACUAUACCUUGCCCACAUGUAACAAUAGUACAGGUGACGCAGCAUUGCAGCUGCCUACCUUCUCCGUGGCAGCAAAAGUGAGGGUUAUAAUUACCUUCACUCUUUGCGCGGUGUCGGCUGUGUGCAACCUUGCAGUGUUGUGGUCUGCCAGCACUAAUAACAAGCGCAAAUCCCAUGUAAGAAUUUUAAUCAUGAACCUAACCGUGGCCGACCUACUGGUGACUUUCAUUGUGAUGCCUGUGGAUGCGGCUUGGAACAUCACGGUUCAGUGGCUAGCAGGAGAUCUGGCUUGCAGGUUGUUAAUGUUUCUGAAGCUCGUGGCUAUGUACUCCUGUGCGUUCGUGACUGUGGUCAUAAGCCUGGACAGGCAAUCAGCCAUUCUCAACCCUCUGGCCAUCAAUAAGGCUAAGAAGAAGAACAAAAUAAUGCUAAGCGUGGCCUGGGUGAUGAGUGUUGUUCUCUCAGUUCCCCAGAUGUUCCUGUUCCAUAAUGUGACCAUCACUGUGCCUUCCAGCUUCACCCAGUGCACGACUCGAGGGAGCUUUAUCAAGCAUUGGCAGGAGACGCUCUACAAUAUGUUUACCUUCACUUGCCUGUUCCUCAUACCUCUGGCCAUCAUGAUCUUCUGCUACACAAGGAUCUUGGUGGAGAUAUCUCGAAGUAUGACCAAAGGAAAUAUAUCUUCAAAGGAAGUCCACUUACGGUGUUCCAACAGCAACAUCCCAAAAGCACGUAUGAGGACUUUGAAAAUGAGCAUAGUCAUUGUGACUUCUUUCAUCGUUUGUUGGACCCCUUACUACUUGCUGGGCCUGUGGUACUGGUUCCUUCCUGAUGAUUUAGAAGAGACAGUUUCUCACUCAUUGACACAUAUGCUUUUUAUUUUUGGGCUUUUUAACGCUAUUCUGGAUCCUAUCACUUAUGGCCUGUUCACAAUUCAUUUCCGCAAAGGACUUAAGCGCUAUUGUCGGAACGCGGCUGUACUUACAGAGUCGGAAAACAACUCCAUCAUGACUGGUUCAUUGAAAUGCUCACCAUCACCCUUUCACUUGAAAAGACUAGCCCAUCCUAGUCCAGGAGCUGACCCAAAGCAGAAUUUGGUAGGUGGGGAGAACAAGAUGCCACCUGACAGUAAAUAUAAGUAA